GCGGCCGCUGUGGGGGUCAUGCUGGUGCUGGUCCUAGUGGUGCUCAUCCCGGUGCUGGUCAGCUCGGUCGGAGGUGGCGAGGACAGCGGCGGCAGGUUGGAGAUGCUGGGCGCCUGCCGCAUGGUGUGCGACCCCUUCCCCACGGCGGAAGAGCCGGUCACCCCCGAGCGACAGGCGGACAACCAGGGAGACCUGAGCCAGCGCAGCGUCGCACCGCCCCUGCCCACUUUCGCAGCUCACGCCUCACAAGGCAGACCCGGACGCCCGGGUAAGCCCGGACCCCCCGGGCCGCCCGGAGAGCCAGGUCCGCCGGGACCAAAGGGACCGCCUGGGGAUAGCGUGGAUGUGAUACGCACAGGAAUUCUAGGCUUGGGGGGCGCCGGCUCCGUAAGCACGGCCACUUACAACACUACACCCCGCGUGGCUUUUUACGCGGGGCUCCGUAACCCGCAGGAAGGCUACGACGUCCUGCGCUUCGAUGACGUAGUGACCAACAUCGGGGGGAACUACGACGGCGCCACGGGCAAGUUCACCUGCAAGAUUCCCGGCACCUAUUUCUUCAUAUACAACGUUCUAAUGAGGGGAGGAGACGGAACCAGCAUGUGGGCCGAUCUGCUCAAGAACAGUCUGGUCAGGGCUAGCGCUAUCGCUCAAGACCAGGACCAGAGUUACGACUAUGCCAGCAACAGUGUCAUUCUGCAUUUGGACGCAGGCGACGAGGUAUUCAUCAAACUGGACGGGGGCAAGGCGCACGGCGGCAACAGCAACAAGUACAGCACCUUCUCUGGGUUCAUCCUGUACGCCGACUGA